AUAGUCCACUUUAGCUGUAACACGAGCACAAGUUGUUUUCACGAUUUUUUGUUAAGUUUCUAUAUAAAAAACUCAUAAAAUGGCCAUGGAUAGUGCGAAGAGGGGCGAGAUCAUGGAACUCGCGAAGCAACAAAUUGCCGUAGCCAAUGCCCAAGAGCUGCUCUCGAAAAUGACGCAAAGGUGCUUCAAGAAGUGUGUCAACAAGCCCGGCUACUCGCUGGAUUCCUCAGAACAGAAAUGCAUAUCCAUGUGCAUGGACCGGUUUAUGGACUCGUGGGACCUCAUCUCGCGUGCGUACGGCCAGAGAAUACAGCGCGAGCAACAGAACCAAUAGACACACACAAUAAACCCUGCAUUUGUAGCAGAUACAUCAGCUACCUAUUGACUAGUUGUUACAUUCACAUUUUAAAUGCAAUAAACAAAGAAAAACAUGCAUUACA